GAGCGAGCGGGGCGCGGCGAGGGGCGCGGCGGGGAGGGCCCCGGCGUGCGGAGCGGGCGCCGGGGAGGCACGCUGGGCGGCCGCUCGUCCUCGCCUUCGGGUGUCCAUGCCUCCGCGGCCGCGCCCCGCUCCGCAGCGAGCGGCCUGCGAGCUGUAGCCAUGGCCGCUGUGGCCGUCCUCCGGAACGACUCGCUGCAGGCCUUCCUCCAGGACCGCACCCCCAGCGCCUCCCCGGACCUGGGCAAGCACUCGCCUCUGGCGCUGCUGGCCGCCACCUGUAGCCGAAUCGGCCAGCCCGGCGCGGCGGCGCCUCCGGACUUCCUGCAGGUGCCCUACGACCCCGCGCUGGGCUCGCCUUCCAGGCUUUUCCACCCGUGGACCGCCGACAUGCCGGCGCACUCGCCGGGCGCGCUGCCGCCCCCGCACCCCAGCCUGGGGCUGACGCCACAGAAAACGCACCUGCAGCCGUCCUUCGGGGCUGCGCACGAGCUGCCGCUCACACCCCCAGCCGACCCCUCCUACCCCUACGAGUUCUCGCCAGUCAAGAUGCUGCCCUCGAGCAUGGCGGCUCUGCCCGCCAGCUGCGCGCCCGCCUACGUGCCCUACGCGGCGCAGGCCGCGCUGCCGCCCGGCUACUCCAACCUGCUGCCCCCGCCGCCGCCGCCGCCCCCGCCGCCCACCUGCCACCAGCUGUCCCCCAACCCGGCCCCCGACGACCUCCCGUGGUGGAGCAUCCCGCAGGCGGGCGCUGGGCCGGGGGCCCCGGGAGUUCCGGGGGGCGGCCUCUCCGGCGCCUGUGCAGGAGGGCCCCACGCGCCCCGUUUCCCUGCCUCAGCGGCUGCCGCUGCCGCCGCCGCCGCCGCCCUGCAACGGGGCCUGGUGUUGGGCCCGUCGGACUUUGCGCAGUACCAGAGCCAGAUCGCUGCGUUGCUGCAGACCAAGGCCCCCCUGGCGGCCACGGCCAGGAGGUGCCGCCGCUGCCGCUGCCCCAACUGCCAGGCGGCGGGCGGCGCCCCCGAGGCGGAGCCAGGCAAGAAGAAACAGCAUGUGUGCCACGUGCCGGGCUGCGGCAAGGUGUACGGCAAGACGUCGCACCUGAAGGCGCACCUGCGCUGGCACACAGGCGAGCGGCCCUUCGUGUGCAACUGGCUCUUUUGCGGCAAGAGCUUCACGCGCUCAGACGAGCUGCAGCGGCACCUGCGGACUCACACGGGCGAGAAGCGCUUCGCCUGCCCCGAGUGCGGCAAGCGCUUCAUGCGCAGCGACCACCUCGCCAAGCACGUCAAGACGCACCAGAAUAAGAAGCUCAAAGUUGCUGAGGCUGGAGUUAAGAGGGAGGAUCCUCGGGACCUGUGAGCCCAGCCGGAGCGCCCUUGAGACCACUCCUGCCUCGGACCCCCUUCCCAGCACCUAUGUGGGAGAUCCCGGGGCCUUCGAGCAGCCGGCAGAGGGGAAACUCAGCAGACGGCCUGUCCGCUGCGCCCCUCCCAAUGUGGAGCCAGGCUCCCAGCUUCCUGGGUCCUCGGACACAGGGACCCAGUUCCCAGGAGUAGCGAGGGAAGGAGGGUAGGAAGCUGGGGCCAUUUGGGUCAUGGCUUGGAGCCCUGUUUACGCCAGGGCGGUUCCAAACUCUGAACCGUUCCCACCAUCUGGGCGACUGACAGUUUGGGGGCACCAUCCUGGGCUGGCCUUGUAUAUAGGAAGCGCUGCUGAAUUAAAAUGGAAGGAUCCCGGGAGAUUUGAAAUCGUGCUCGGGUUUUGGUUUGGGCAUUGUACAGGUUAUUUAAUAGCUUUGUUAAAGAAUAAUAAUAUUGAUAAAAGUGUUACUUUCGUCCUCAGCUCCAUGCAGAGCUACAGCAUGAUAUGUCUCUGUAAAGUGAUCAGCAGUUACAGCGUGAAAAUAAAUACGUUAACUCCGGGUCAUCUCGGGAAAACCCCGCUGA